AGAAUCGAGAAUCAUCUCUUAAGUAAGUUUGGAUGAAAUCAUAUCACGUUCUGCUUUUUUAGCGGUGACACUGUGUCAACCAUAUCAUUGCCGCAUGUGGUUUCAUCUUCUUCUUUUUCUUUUCUUUUUUCUUCUAAUUUUUCUUUUCUAUUUUCCCUUUUAAUUCCUUCAAUUCCUCAAUCAAAUCCUAUACAUGAUCCAGAAGACGACAUAGCUUUAAUCCUUGUCUUCUUCUUCUUCUUCUUCUUCUUCCUCCACCUACUCUGCCCCUUGAAAUGGACACCUGAUUCAGUUUCCCCUCUUUCCAGUCCAACCCGUCAUCAAUUUCCCUCGAUUCUUACAUGGGUUGUCCCGGUUUUGCAAAUUCCUUCACUUUUUAAUCUUGCCCCUCUGUGUUAUUCUGUUUUUUUUUUUUUUUUGCUCCUUUUUCUCCUUUUUUUACCUACUCUGUUUCUGUUCUUUCAGCUUCAGCUUUUUCUUCAGUUUUUGGAAAGCUUUCUGGACGGUAUUUGUUUCUCAACUCUCUUAGUCUUUUGUUGGUUUUCUGAUUUUUCUUAGUUGCUAAGUUAUAGAAAGAGUUUGGGAUUUUGGUAAUUGAAAUCGAUGUCUUUCCACGAGAUUCAUUCAUGGACUUUAUCUGGACUAGUUAGAGCUUUUCUUGACCUAGCUGUUGUUUAUUUUCUUUUGUGUGUGUCGGCCACUAUGUUUAUCCCUUCCAAGAUUUUGAAAGUUGUUGGGUUUUGCUUGCCUUGUCCCUGUACUGGAUUUUAUGGGAAUCACAACACUAAUUUGUGUUUACAUAAACUCGUUGUUAAUUGGCCUAAGAGGAAGAUCUAUUUGGUGCUCGAUUUGGUCAAGAAUAGGUUUCCUUUUGAUUUGUUUUUUAUGGAUGCUGAACAAAUUGGGAAUUCGAAUAGGAAUAUGUUAAGGGAGAAUGGAAUUUCUCGAUUGCAAUCAGAAGUAUGCUGUAGUACUGUCCCAAGGUUACAAAAUAUGGUUGAUAAAUAUGGUGAAUAUGAUGGUAAGGGUAAGAAGAUGAUGUACCAGAAGCCGAGGACUAAAAUCCGACGGCGGAGGAGAGCUGCCGUUGACAAUGGGAAAUUGUCCAAGGGAAUUUGUGAGGGGAAUGAAACUAGAAAGGAAAGGGAAUUUGUGGCAUUGGUUGAGAGACAAGACUUUAUUACAGAUGAUGGUAAUGAAUCAAAUCACCCAGACUUGGGUCAAAGAAUCUGGCAAGGCUUUGAAUCAAGUGGUUCACUUGGCGAAAAUAAUUAUAUGAAUAAAGGUUCUUCCACUGUAGGACAAGGUACCAGUAAUGCUGAAGAGAGAGACAUUAUCAGAAAUGAAGCAAGUACUAUUAGAUUGUUGGAGCUGGCCCUUGAAGAAGAGAGAGCUGCACGGGCAUCUCUUUUUGUGGAACUAGAGGAGGAGAGAGCUGCCGCUGCCACUGCUGCUGAUGAAGCAAUAGCCAUGAUAACACGUUUGCAAAAUGAGAAGGCGUCAUUUGAAAUGGAAGCAAGGCAAUAUCAUAGGGAAGUAGAAGAAAAGUUUUCUUAUGAUGAAGAAAAGAUGAAUAUCCUUCGAGAGAUCCUUGUCAAAAGGGACAUAGACUAUCAUGUUCUGGAGAAGGAAAUAGAAGCGUAUAGACAGAUGGAUUUUGCAGAAAAGGAACAGUUAAAAGGAAACCGGGAUUACAUUUUGGAUGAACAUAAAGAACUGUCUGUCACAGCUCAUUGCUCAAAUGGAGAUCCACCCAUUGGUUAUCCAAUUGGAAAUGCUGUUUCACUUCAAAGGACGGUAAAGUUGAACGAGCUGAGGGAUAAUAGCUUGUUAUCUGAUGCUAUUGAAGCAGCACCACACUGUGGUGGUUUUGAGAAAAGCUUUCUUUCUCGUGGGGCACUUCAAAAUUUGGAUCACAUAACUCACGCAGUCAAUGAUUUAGGAGGUUCUAUCGUUGAUAUGGAAAUAGAUGUUCAAGAUAUUCAUGUGAUUGAUGAAAAACUCCACAUGGAGGACACUAAAGUGGAGAGAAAAGUUGAUAAUUAAAAUUCAGCUGGCAUCAAAUGGUCCUACGACUAUGGCAACCAUUGGAACAUCUAACGUCUGAAGUAGAGAUUCACUGUACAGAAGUAGAAUUUUAGGCUGUCGCAAUGUGCUCCAGAAGAGUUUUUUUCUUCGGUAGAUAGUGGAAGGUCGUGUCGUAGAGCUAUGGGGUUAGAAGGGUCAGAACUUCUCCAUCUGUGAAGAAAAAGAAAGAGCAAAAUGGAAUCUCCUGUUGAAAUAUCAAACUCCAAUAUAUUUGACGGCUUGGAGUUGCUUUUUAACAGUUUUUGUUAACCUCUUCUCUUCUAAGGUCAGGAGGCCAAGACGCGUAUAUGGAUUGCAAAGGCCAUCCUGUGAAGAAAAAAUUUCUGUGUACUUUUUUUUUUUUUUAAGUUAUAUUAUAUUUGUAACAGUUUACUUUGAGAUAGGUGCUGUGUAAAGAUUUAAAUAGUGUUUGUGAAUUUGUUGUAAAGAUUUACAUUUUGUAUUGUUCUUUCAAACAAAAUAAAAAUUUGUCAAUAUUCUCCAA